AUGUUACCGUGUUUCUACUUUGCUGGCAGCAAAGUUGUGUUGAAUAUGAACAAUGUACACGGACACGCUGCGUUUAGCAAAGGCAGGUUGCUAAACCCCGAAGACUGGGGCUUCACCUGGAAUUCGCCACCACGUCACAGGAUAUCACGCGAUGGAACGACUGCGCCAAGUUUGCUUCAGUUUCUUUCUAUUGAGGUUACAGUAGAGCGGCUUGGGAUGCUGGCUGCUUUAGCCAUGGAGUUGAACUGGGAGAUUGCUUGGAUCCAGUCGACGUCGGAGGGAGAUCAGGGGAGUAAGGAAUGGGACGAUGCGAUGAAUAGACUGCCUAAGUGGUUCAUACCGCUGUGUAUCGAUGCAUACAACACAGGUGGAGACGCAAAGGUGCUGGAGCCACUAUCUAAGGAAUCUCGGGUUGUGGUUUAUUUGCUGAUCUGCACUGUCGCGACGACGGUGGCAACAACACUGUUGGCCACUCCACACCAACCAGGGAAGCACCGAGCAAGGAGCCGUGAGGUGGCCGAAUUAUUCCAGAACGAAAUGAACAAUAGUACGGGUGCGCCUGUAAUGCACUUCAUGGGUAGAACUGGAGUUAUCGUGGUGUCGCAGCUGUGGCAACAUGCUGGAGUGAAUUUUGAUUGCUUGGAGGACGCAAAUCUAAAAGAGGCGUUCGGUAGAUUCUAUGAUAGAGACAGCCCGAAUCUCAUCGGUAUACGUCCCGUUGAGAGCGGUGAGAAGUGA